UGAGAGCUGCAGGACACAUCCACAUCAUCCGCAGGACCCAAUGCUCCUGCUGGAAAUGUCUCCCGCGGUCCUCUUUAUAACGACCUUGGCCCUGUGGUGCUCCGUCAGGGCGCAGCAGCUGCCCGAGUUCCCGGAUGUCUGCACGGAGGGGAGCUGCUAUCCGGCCACAGGUGACCUGCUGAUCGGCCGCGCGCACAAGCUCUCCGUCUCCUCCACCUGCGGCGCGCACCGUCCGGAGCGCUUCUGUAUCGUCGGGCAUCUGCAGGAGGAGAAGAAAUGCUUUGUGUGCGACUCGCGGCUCGUGUUCGACGAGGACAGCAACCAAGGCAGCCACGCCAUCGACCAACUGGUCACCACCUUCGCCCACAACCGGCUGAAGACCUGGUGGCAGUCGGAGAACGGUGUGGAGAACGUGACGAUCCAGCUGGACCUGGAGGCCGAGUUUCACUUCACGCACCUUAUCAUGACCUUCAAGACGUUCCGGCCGGCCGCCAUGGUGAUCGAGCGCUCCAUGGACUUCGGGACGACGUGGCAGGUCUUCCGGUACUUCGCCUACGACUGCGAGGCGUCCUUCCCCGGCGUGCCCUCCGGCCCGAUGGUCAAGGUCGACGAGAUCGUCUGCGACUCGCGUUACUCCGACAUCGAGCCGUCCACGGAGGGAGAGGUGAUAUUUCGGGUGCUGGACCCCGUCUUUGAGAUUGAAGACCCCUACAGCCUGAAGAUACAGAACAUGCUGAAGAUCACUAACCUCCGCGUGAAGUUCCUGAAGCUCCACACGUUGGGCGACAACCUGCUGGACCACCGCGAGGAGGUGACGGAGAAGUACUACUACGCCCUCUACGACAUGGUCGUCCGCGGCAACUGCUUCUGCUACGGCCACGCCUCCGAGUGCGCCCCGAUGGACGGAACGGCGCCCGGGAUCGAGGGCAUGGUCCAUGGCCGCUGUGUGUGUAAUCACAACACCGAGGGACUAAACUGCGAGCGCUGUCAGGACUUUUACCACGAGUUGCCGUGGAGACCAGCGGAGGGCCGAAACAGCCACGCCUGCAAGAGGUGCGAGUGUAACCAGCACGCCACGUCGUGCCACUUCGACCCGGCCGUGUACGCGACCACGGGCAACACCAGCGGCGGCGUGUGCGACGACUGCCGCCACAACACGGCGGGGCGCCAGUGCGAGCAGUGCGCGCCCUUCUACUACAAGCACCCGGGCCGCGACCUCAGGCACCCCAACGUCUGCCAGCCGUGCAGCUGCGACCCGGCCGGGUCCCUGCAGGGCGGACUGUGCGACCCGCGCACCGACGUGGCCGCCGGGCUGAUCUCGGGUCAGUGCCGGUGCAAAGCCAACGUGGAGGGGGCCCGCUGCGACCACUGCAGGCAGGGACACCACGGCCUGGGGGCGGGGCCUCACGGCUGCCUGCCUUGUACCUGUAACCCGCUGGGCACGCUGCCCGGGGGGAACCCCUGCGACGCGGACUCCGGAAGCUGCUUCUGCAAACGGCUCGUGGGCGGACGCGACUGCGGCGAGUGUCUGCCGAAGCACUGGGGUCUGUCCAACGACAUGGACGGCUGCAGGCCGUGUGACUGCGACCAGGGCGGCGCCGUCAGCAACGACUGCGACCCCCGCUCGGGUCAGUGCGUGUGCAGGGAGCACAUGUCCGGGAGGCGCUGCGAUCGGGUCGAGUCCGGCUUCUACUUCAUCACCCUGGACCACUACACCUACGAGGCCGAGGACGCCCAGCACGGCCCCGGCGUGACGCUGGUGCCGAGGCCCCGCCCCCUGGAUCGCAGCCCCACGUGGACCGGCCCGGGCUUCGCUAACGUCCCGGAAGGAGCCUACCUGGAUUUCACCGUGGACAACGUCCCCGAGUCCAUGGACUACGACGUCCUGAUUCGCUACGAGCCGCAGCUGCCCGAGCAGUGGGAGGAGGUGAGCGUCCGGGUGCGGCGCCCCGCCUCCACCCCCCCGAAACACUCCGCCCAGUGCGGCGACCCCGCGGUCCAGGGGGGAGACGACCAGUCCGUCUCCCUCCCGCCCGGAUCCAGGCACGUGUCGCUGGGGAGGCCGGUGUGCUUCGAGCGAGGACAGAACUAUACCAUCCGCCUCACUCUGCCGCCCUACCCGUCGGCCAGCGACGUCCAGAACCCGUACACGCUCAUCGACUCGUUGGUGCUGAUUCCCCGGGUCCGGGAGCUGGACAUGUUCCACGGGCUGGACGGCGCCGGAGCGUGGGACACGUUCCAGCGCUACCGCUGUCUGGAGAGCAGCCAGAGCGUCGUCAAGAGCCCGCCGACCGACAUCUGCAACGACUACAUCUUCAGCAUCUCCGCCCUGCUGCACCGAGGAGCCAUGGAGUGCCGGUGUGACCCUCAGGGUUCGCUCAGCGCCGUGUGCGAGCCCAGCGGCGGUCAGUGCCGGUGCCGACCCGACGUCGUGGGCAAGAACUGCGACCGCUGUGCCCCCGCCACGUUCCUCUUCAGCCCCGCCGGCUGCAGACCCUGCGGCUGUGACCCCCUGGGCUCCGUCGGCGCCGUCUGCCACGAGGCGACGGGCCAGUGCGAGUGCGUGCCGGGGGCCACGGGGCGCCAGUGUUCCCACUGCCUGCCGGGCUUCUGGGGCUUCCCCCAGUGCCGGCCGUGCCAGUGCAACGGCCACAGCGAGUUCUGCCACCCGCAGAGCGGCGAGUGCCAGGGCUGCAGAGACUUCACCACCGGACCCCGCUGCGCCAGGUGUCUGGACGGUUACCACGGCGACCCACAGCUGGGCUCGGGCGGCCGCUGCCGGCCCUGCAUGUGCCCCGACGGCCCGAGCAGCGGGCGCCAGUUCUCGGACAGCUGUUACCUCAUGGCUGCCACCAACCAGCUGGUGUGUGUGUGCAGCUCCGGCUACAAAGGUCCCAGGUGCGAUGAGUGCGCCCCCGGUUAUUUCGGGAACCCCCUGGUGCCCGGCGGGCGCUGCCUGCCCUGCCAGUGCAACGGCAACAUCGACCUGCACGACCCGGGGUCCUGUGACGCCGGGACGGGCUCCUGUCUCAGGUGCCUCCAUCACACCGAGGGCCACGGCUGUCAGCAGUGCAGACACGGUUACUACGGUAACGCGGCCACCCAGACCUGCUGGAAGUGCAUGUGCGACCCGGCGGGCACGGCCCCCCAGGCCUGCUCCUCGCCCGGCGAGUGCCAGUGCGACCGGCGCAGCGGGCAGUGCCCCUGCCUGCCUAACGUGGUCGGCCAGAACUGCGACGCCUGCGGCGCCGGCGCGUGGGGCCUGGGCGGCGGGGGGGGCUGCCGGCGCUGCGACUGCGACCCCGCCCACUCCUUCGGCUCCUCCUGCGACGAGGUCACGGGUCAGUGCUCGUGCCGACCCGGCUUCGGUGGGAGGACGUGUCGGGAGUGCAGGGAGCUCUUCUGGGGGGAUCCAGAGGUCAGAUGUCACGCUUGCGACUGCGACCCUCGGGGCACCUCCAGCGACCAGUGCCACCGGGCCACCGGCGAGUGCACCUGCGUGGGGGGCGUGUCCGGCCCGCGCUGCGACAAGUGCGCCCGCGGCCACCGGGGCGAGUUCCCCGCCUGCCAACCCUGCCACCGGUGCUUCGGCGUCUGGGACGCGGUGGUCGGCGAGCUGACCAAUCAAACGCGCCGCCUAGAGGCCCAGGUGACGCAGUUGCGGACCAGCGGCGUGACGGCGCCGUACAAAGACUUGGUGAGCAGCCUGGAGGCGAACGCCAAGGCCGUGAGGGAGAUAGUGGAGAGAAACCCGGCGGCGGCCAAGCUGGAGCAGAUCCAGGAGCUGAUGCAUCAGAUCACCGGCGUGAUGUCCCACCUGAGCGGAGAGCUGAACACCACGGAGGAGGCGGCGGGCCUCCUGCGCGGAGACGCCAACGCCACCGACGCCAGCCUGGGCGCGCUGACGGACGAGGCCGAGCAGCUGCGGCGAAGAGUCCAGGAGCUGAGGCAGCUGGUGUCCAACGCCAAGAACGCCAACAUCCAGGGCGCCACGGACACCAUCGCGGAGGCACAUGCGCGCUCCUUGGCGGCCGAGCUCAGCGCCAACGCCUCCACCGGCAGCACCGGCAGCCGGGUGGCGGCAUCGGCCGCGCGGCGGAGAGCCGCCGAGGACGAGCUGGGCGCCGCUCAGAAAGAGUUCGACCGCCGGCACCAGAGGAACGCGGGGGGGCUGCACGAGCUGGAGGCCCAGCUGGAGACACUCGACCUGUCCCCGCUGAGCGAGGCGACGUGUGGCGGUGCAGCUGAGGGCGACGGAUGCUCCGGCUCCCCCUGCGGCGGUUUGGGCUGCGUCGGCGAGGGCGGAGCGCCCCGGUGCGGCGGCGAGGGAUGCGGAGGCCUCGUAGCCGCCGCCCAAACCGCGCUGAAGUCGGCCGGCGACCUGGACCUGAAGAUCCUCGCGGCGAGCCAGCAGGUGGACGAGCUGUCGCGGCUGGUGUGGGAGGCCAACAACCGCGCCAACGUGGCCAAGGGCGGCGCCCUGGAGGUGCUGGUUAAAUCCAACCGCAGCAGAGAGCGAGUGGAGCAGAGCAACCAGCAGCUGAGGAGCCUCAUCAGAGAGAUACGGGACCUGCUCAGCGACGAGAAGGCGAAUGUUUCGGUGAUCGAGGCGGUGGCCAACGAGGUGCUGGCUCUGGAGAUGCCGACGUCCGCCCAGAAGCUGCAGGAGCUGACGGAGGAGAUCAGGGAGAAGGUGGAGAAUCUGACCAGCGUGGAGGCGGUUCUCAGCCAGAGCGCCGAGGACAUCCGGGCCGCCGAGGCGCUGCUGAGGCGAGCCGAGUCGGCCGGCAUGGAGGCGUCACGCAUGAAGGAGGCGGUGGAUGAGGCGAAGGCCGCCGUGGACCAGACUGAGCGCGCUCAGAGCGUCGCCACGGACGCCAUCCAACUGGCCCAGAACAACACCAAGGGAACCCUGGCGCUGCUGAUCUCUGUGGAGACGGAGACGGCGGCGGCGGAGCUGAAGCUCGGCAACGCGACGGGCCGACUGGUGCAGCUGGAGAGGGAGGUGGGCCUGCUACGCCAGAGCGACCUGGAGGUCAACCGCCUGGCGGAGACGGCCAACCGGACCACCGACCGGGCCCGGCUGGACGCAGACGAGGCCCAGAAGGAGUUUGACUCGAAGGUGAAGAAGAGCCUUGUGAAGGCCGAGGACCUGGUGGAGGACAAAGGGGAGCCCACGCUGCAAGCGAGGAGGCGAGUGGACGAACUGCAGAAGGAGGCCCAAGAGCUGCUGGCUCAGGGCAGCAUCAAGCUGCAGAGGCUGCAAGACCUGGAAAGCGCCUACGAGGCCAACCAGCUCGUCCUGGAGGCCAAAGCUGGCGAGCUGGGGGAGCUGGAGCGAAUGGCCCGCGCGGUGCUGGAGGAGAUCAGCCACAAAGUGACGCUGUACAGCACGUGUGCGUGAGCGGCGUUCGGGGCGCUUCACGACCAAACACUGUGUUGCGUAACAAGUUAACGGCCGCUGUGCCCAACCAACUUUUGACCAGCUGCCAAAGACCAAGAAAGUAUCGACGUAUCAAAGAGAACCACUAAAAGCCGAUGUGACCUCAGACUCCUGUGUAGACAGUAUCAAACUAUUUAGUUGUAUCGGAUAUUCAUAUUGUUUGUAUUUAAAUAUAUGAUGGAACAUAAGUACUUAAUAAGCCAAAAGUAUUAAACAUUUGCAAAUUGUUUUGUUGAAUACAAACAUAUUAAAUAACUUUGGUUUUAAAAUAAAGUUGCUGAAGAAUAAG